CUACCUGCGACGCUAAGGCACAAGUUGCUCCAGGGCUUCGUUCGUGCUCCACUACUGUACUUGCUUCAGACAUGUAUGUGCAGGUGUGUGGAGCAAAGCAGCAUGAACAAGUGUGUGCUGGGAUGCCUGGAGGGUGGCCUCACCUAUUCACCAUCGCCAAUACCAGGCAACUGCAGCGACGGCACAGACAGUAGUCUGCUGGUGACGGGUGCUACCUACACUCUUCCCGCUGCUGCCCACUUGGGGCUGGCCACAGGCGUGCUGCUGGCUGUCCUACUCAACUGUCACUAUGGAAUCAUCAAGAGAGACCGCAGCAGGGUGUGCCUGAUGUGGCAUCAAGUACUGAUUACCCGCCACAUCUUCAGCCUUGUCUGUCUACUGUUAGCCACCGCCGCAGCGCCUGUGGCUCUUCUACUGCUUGGCAUCUUCGCCUGCUAUCGCAGCGGUGUCCAGGUCGCACUGAAGGUCAUGCUUGGCAGCAGGUUUGCAGGCCUUAUGGAUGGCGUGGAUGCGGUCUGGGCCAUGGAAGACGAGUCAUCCAAGUCUGUCGUCAAUGUUCUCUGCAUGCUGAAAGUGGAAGACGAACAAGAGGUAGAAAACCUGCUGUUGACAUUGCAGCAGGCCAUAGUCACGCGAUUCUUUGCUCCUGCUAACCGUUGCCAGAAACUUAUGCACUUCCGUCGUCAAUCAAUCCUGGGAUACUUCUACUGGGAACGGCAGAAAGAACUACAAAUAGAUAGGCACGUUCGUUGGAUGCCAGAUGGUUCGCGAUUGGAAAACGAUGGUUAUUUUUCUGAGCAAACCCUAAGCGUAGUUGUAUCCAAAAUUGCGAAUACGAGACUGCCUGCUGAUCACGCGGCGUCAUGGGAAGUUUUGGUAAGUCAUCGACCAAUGGCGAAGUGCCCCAGUGACUCACUGCAGUCCAUGGAGGAAGGGGAUAGCUGUCAUAAAUAUCCAGUUCUUUUCAGAGUACACCAUGCGGUUGGAGACGGCGUAGCUUUGGUGCAGCUGAUGAUGAAGGCUCUCACUGGCGACAUGCCAGAUAUUCGAGGGAGAUCAGUUAUUCAACGAAAUUGUGUCUUUCCUGAUGUAGGCAUUAAUUCUUGCAGUAGUUCUUUUCCAGAAAUAAUUAAUUCAUCAAAAAACACAAAUAAUACCAAAAGAAAAUAUGAUAAGUUUUCCGGAAUGCCAAAUACAUUAAUAGCAAAAAAUGACUUUAGUAAUCUUCAACUAUCAAAUAUUCAGAUUAAACCUGCAAACAAGAUGUUUACAGACCAGAAUCUUGAAAAGCAUUUUGAUGCUUCAAGCACAGAAAAUUCUGAAUGUAAUUUUUUAAGAAGUGUUAAAAGUAAGAGUAAAUUAUGUGUAGCAAAACCAUUUCAGUUUCAAUCAAAUAACGUUUAUAGAAGAAGUAACAUAAAAAUCCCCUGCUAUGCUAAAGAUAAUUAUACAUGUUUCGAUAAAACAAUUAUAAAGUCUGAAUCGAUGAAAAGAUAUAGGUCUAACAUGGUGAUGUAUUUCCAAAAUUCAUCUCUAUUUACAGAUUCAACUAUGCAGGAUGAAAACAUUGUAAUCAACAAUGAAAAAACUUACAAAACGAAAGAUAUUUUGAGAUUUAAUACCUAUGAAACUUCAGAUAUUCCUUUCACUGAAAAUUAUGUUACGUUUUCAGAUCCAGAAAAUGAUAUAACUUUAGAAACGAAUAAAUAUGUUAGUUCAAAAAUGCAGCAAAAUGUCUAUUCAAAAUGCCAGAUUUUGGACAAGAAUGUUACUAUGGAAGAUUCAGACGAAUCUUGUUUUUAUUUAUCUUCAAGUUCUGACUCUUCUUCUACAAAUAAUUUUCAAAAAUAUCGAGAACCUUAUACCGAAACCAGUAGUAAUUUAUUUUCGUGUAGUAAAUUUUUGAGCGAAUAUGUGCCCUGUGGUCUUAAAACUAAGGAAAUUAAUAAUAGCUCUAUGUACUGUACGGAUGAUAUUAGGCCUCAUUCAUCAGAUUCCGAAAGCAGACCAAGUUCACCCAUCAGCCGACCUCUUACACCGACACCAUAUUCUUUAUUUCAAGAGAUUAGAGUUUUGUCACACGCUAGCACAAUUUCUAAAACAAAUAAAACUUUUUCAUCGAGAUACAUUCAUGCCAGUAGUGGUACUAGGUCAAUUUCAACAGAAGACAUACGUUACAAUGCCGUUAAAAGGCAAGUAUCUUCAUGCAAUAAUCUAAGCAAAAGCGAAAAAUCGGUGAUAAAAUCAUGUUUAUUGCCUACUAUAGAUAAAAAAACUUUGCAAAACAGUUUUUCAAUUUUUAGCACAGACAAAUUUCUGAAAAAUAAAAAAAUGCUAUCCUCUACUAAAAGAACUUCACCCCAAAAAAUUAAGUCCCGAAAUCACUUUGAGGAAUUGUUUCCUCCCGAUAAGUUGAAACACAUUAACAAGGUUUCCAAGAGUUUAACAAAAAAUUGUGUAAGUGGCUUUUGGAACAAUAAACCUCAUUAUUCCUCAUUCCCAAAAAUAAGAAAAAAUGCAGCCAAAGACUUCAAAACAAGCACAGGUAAUAGUAGCCAUUACACAGUUGUUCCUAUAGACUUAAUAGGAAGAUGGAUAUAUGAUAAAGCCAUGUUUUUUUUAAAUUCUAAUAAAAUGUUAAAAUUUACAGAACCAAACAUGAAUAAAGUAAAAAUACUUAUAAGAGAAAAUGUUCUUACUAAAAAGAAUGAUAAUGAUGACUCAAAAUGUUUUUUAAAGUUAUUUUUGACAGUAAAAAGUGCCUUUAAAAAUAUUAAUAUUUUUAGAAUAUUGCACAGUUUGGUUAUUUUGAUAUAUGCUCCAUCAUCUUUUAUACAACAAAUGCUCAUGAAGGCUUCAGACAAGAACUGCCUUCAUGGGCCAACUCUGUCUGGAAAAAAGAUUAUCACAUGGUACUCUGACAACUCCAUGCUACCGACCAACAAAGAAUACAAGCUCUUCAACACGAUCAAGAGAAUUAAGGCUCGAGUCGCAUGCGAAGCCCGCUUCACUGACAUUUUCUUGGCAGCUGUGUCCUCUAGCUUAGAAAUGUACUUCCACGGAAAGGGGACAGAUGUGCCAAGCAGUGUUAACGUGAUAUUGCCGCUCAGGAUGGAACCUAUGCCCAAAGAACUGACAGGCAACAUUGAAGGAAGAAGCAUGGCAAAUAAUACACACGCAUCAACAAACAUAAUAAAUACUCCUGUAGAUAAAUUUAUGAAUAAUAUGCAUAGUGAAACAGGACCGACAAUCAUCGACCUUCCUGUGGAGAUUGAGGCUCCGGAAACAAGUAACCAGUUCUCUGUAGCCCUGAUGGCACUCCCAAUAAGCCAGCCAAGCAUGUGUGCGUUUAAAGAUCUGGUGAAAUCUUACUCUUAUGAGGCGAGACUACGAGCAGUGUGCGCGCAGUCGGAGCUUGUCCGCAACUCUGUUGACUACCGCAUAAACUACUGGCUGAUGAAGGUGGUGGCUGCUCUGCUGCCAGUACCACUCCUGAGGCCCGUACUUAGCAGUACCCAGAGCACUCUGGUGGUCAGCAACGUGAAAGGACCCUCAGAGAACAUCUACAUCGCAGGCUACAAGCUGGGAGACAUGGUGUUCUGGGUUCCUAAUCGUGGCACUACAGGUCUGGGCAUCUCGCUGCUUGGGUAUGCCGGGAGUCUGCAACUGGGUCUCGUGGCUGACCAGACAUUGGUUCCCACACACCAUGAAGCCAACUUCAUACUGCACAGUGUGGUGUCGGAGCUGAGACGUAUGGAUAUGGCGUUGUAGACAUCAGUUGUUCUUCGACUCAAUAUUGCUUUGUAUUCUUUCGAAACUUAGAAGUUAAAAUUUUUUUAAAUUAUGUUUUAUAAGAACUUAAAUCACGUUCCUUUUGUAACACUUAUUGAAACGAAUGAAUGAAAAAGUUAUCUACACGAUA